AUGAGUAAACCACCACGCUUUGAUUUGCUCCUUGUGUUACUCUUCACUGUCAUUGCCUUGGCCUCUAAUAGUGUCACCGUCGCUACACCAAUAACCCAACAAUUCAAAGAAGCCCUACAAUUCUACAACUCUCCAGAUUGUGCUGUGCUGGUUGAUGAAGAUGAAUCAGACGGUGAAGCCUCCAUCUUGAUUCCAGCAUUUGUCAUCCUUGUGGCGAUUUGGAUAUCAGCCUUCAACCUUGAUUACAUGGUUUUAGGGGAGGAUUCUAGUGCACUCUUGCCAUCACCAUCUCUUUCUGGCUAUCCUUCGUAUGGAGCUCCUCCAUCACCCCAAUCUUUUUCUGGCUAUCCUUCAUAUGGAGCUUCUCCGCCACCACCACCACCCUCGUCUAUUUCCACCUAUCCUUCAUAUAGAGCUCCAACUCCGCCAUCACGUCCAGCUCAAGCUAACUGUCCGCCACCACCAGUUCCAGUACAGUGUUGCCAGUACCCCUACCAUCCAAAUCCUAAUGAAUACUACCAGCCUGUUGAUGACCAUUCACCUACUCCUUAUUCACCCCUUUCCACCUUUUCCAUUGUAAUAUUUUGCUGUUUUAUUCUAGCUCUAUCUAUGCGCUAA